UUGUGAAAUAAUAUUUUCACUAAACAAUUAGCAUAUGUAAUUUCAACAUGAAUUUUAAUUAAUAAUUAGUUUUAAUGCUAACUAAGUGUAACCAAGAUGAUUAAAAUCCACCAUUUAAAAGAGGUUGUUAAAUAAACAUCUUGAUGUCAUCUUUGCGUUUGAUGUAAACAUAAUAUCUACCUAUCUAUUUACAUUUAAUUAUCUAUUUACAAAUGGAGUGGCCGGUGUUGGAGAUCUUCGCAGGCGUCGAAUAAGUGGGCGACGAAGGAGAUGCUGGCGACGGAGGACGAUGGAAAUGGCAACAGAGGACGACGCAAACGCAGUUGACGACGAAAGGCGUGAAGAGAACGUGAAGAGACGACGCAAAUGUGAAGGUGAAGAGAAUGCGAAGGUUGGCGUGAAGGUGAAGCAAACGAAGCAGUCAUACCGCGAACGCGAAGAAUGCGUGAAGAGGUGGAGCCGUGGUGAAGAGAGCUAAUAAGGGAAAGGUGUCGGGAUGCUUUUUAAUAUUUUUUUUAAAGUUUUCUCUCAUGCUAAAAAUAAAAAAGGUGUAUAUAUUUUUAUACUUGAGUUUCAAACGAGUCAAAUAAAAAUGUUAACUAUACUUGAUGUUUUUUCCGUGUCAAGUAAAUUUAACUAUACUUGACGCGAAAGAAACGUCGAGUAAAAGCUAACAUGAGAUAGUUCGAAAAAUUCGCGAAAACUUUGCUUUUUCCAAGUAUACUUGACGUUUUUUCUUUAAACUGAUCAAUACUUGGCAUUUUUUUUCUAAUGAAAACGUCAAGUAUGUAAAAGUUGUUAGUGUCAAGUAAAGUAGAUUUUGUAGUAGUGAAACCAAAUGUGAAAAAUGAAAAAUAGAAUCUUAUGUUUUUUUAGGGGAAAAACACACAACUUUGUUAGUUGCGUAUAACAGCUGUAAUUCGGCAAAAUGUUAUUUAAGGAUAAGGCAAACUAGGAUUCUCCAAUUUCAAAGGAUGCAACUCAUAUCAAAAAAAAAUUUGUCAGCGCUUUUCUAUGUUAAGAAUUGAUUCAACAACUUGAACACAAAUAUACGUAGGAAAGAACUCUCACCUUAUCACAAUGUAUUCUAUAUAAAUAAACACAUCGAUUGAGAAAAACAAAUAAACCAAGGACACAAGUUGUGGCCGGAUAAAGGAUGUUUAAGCUUCAAUGGCUUGUUGCAACUCUAGCUUGCUUGACUUUUUGCAUAGGAGAUAAUGUUUCAUAUGAUUCAAAUGCGUUAAUUAUCAAUGGAGAACGGCGCAUUAUCUUCUCAGGCUCAAUUCAUUAUCCACGCAGCACUGAAGCAAUGUGGCCUGAUCUCAUUCAAAAAGCUAAAGAUGGUGGACUUGAUGCAAUUGAGACAUACAUUUUCUGGGAUCGUCACGAGCCACAACGACGAAAAUAUGAUUUCUCUGGACGUUUAGAUUUUAUUAAAUUCUUCCAACUUAUCCAAGACGCUGGACUUUAUGUUGUCAUGAGGAUUGGUCCUUACGUGUGUGCCGAGUGGAACUACGGAGGCUUUCCAGUGUGGUUGCACAAUAUGCCAGGAAUCCAACUACGAACUAACAAUCAAGUUUACAAGAAUGAAAUGCAAACUUUCACGACAAAGAUAGUAAAUAUGUGUAAACAAGCCAAUCUCUUUGCUUCACAAGGAGGGCCAAUAAUAUUAGCUCAAAUCGAGAAUGAGUAUGGAAAUGUGAUGACACCAGCUUAUGGAGAUGCAGGAAAAGCAUACAUCAAUUGGUGUGCUCAAAUGGCCGAAUCUCUCAAUAUUGGCGUUCCAUGGAUCAUGUGCCAACAAAGUGAUGCCCCACAACCUAUGAUUAAUACAUGCAAUGGAUUCUAUUGUGAUAACUUUACUCCAAACAAUCCUAAGAGCCCAAAAAUGUUCACUGAAAAUUGGGUGGGAUGGUUCAAGAAAUGGGGCGACAAAGACCCUUAUAGAACUGCAGAAGAUGUAGCAUUUUCUGUGGCAAGAUUUUUUCAAUCUGGUGGUGUGUUCAACAAUUAUUACAUGUAUCAUGGAGGCACCAACUUUGGAAGGACAUCGGGAGGUCCAUUCAUCACUACAUCUUACGACUACAACGCCCCACUUGAUGAAUAUGGGAACUUGAAUCAACCUAAAUGGGGGCAUCUCAAACAACUCCAUGCAUCAAUCAAGUUAGGAGAGAAGAUUCUCACUAACAGCACACGCUCAAACCAAAACUUUGGUAGCUCUGUAACUUUAACGAAAUUUUCUAACCCAACAACUGGGGAGAGGUUUUGCUUUUUAAGCAACACAGAUGGAAAAAAUGAUGCCACCAUAGAUCUACAAGAAGAUGGAAAAUAUUUUGUACCAGCUUGGUCUGUGAGCAUUCUUGAUGGUUGCAACAAGGAGGUUUACAACACUGCAAAAGUAAAUUCUCAGACAUCUAUGUUUGUGAAGGAGCAAAAUGAGAAGGAAAAUGCACAACUGUCAUGGGCUUGGGCUCCAGAACCUAUGAAAGACACACUGCAAGGAAAUGGUAAAUUUGCGGCAAACCUUCUUUUGGAACAAAAAAGGGUCACAGUUGAUUUUAGCGAUUACUUCUGGUACAUGACGAAGGUUGACACUAACGGAACAUCUUCACUUCAAAAUGUGACUCUCCAAGUAAAUACAAAGGGUCAUGUGCUUCAUGCUUUCGUCAAUAAAAGAUACAUUGGGUCGAAAUGGGGGAGUAAUGGCCAGAGUUUUGUGUUUGAGAAACCCAUUCUACUAAAAUCGGGAAUCAACACAAUAACUCUUUUGAGUGCCACAGUUGGGUUGAAGAAUUAUGACGCGUUUUAUGAUAUGGUGCCAACAGGAAUCGAUGGAGGCCCGAUCUAUCUAAUUGGAGAUGGAAAUGUGACAACUGAUUUGUCAUCAAAUUUAUGGUCUUAUAAGGUUGGAUUAAAUGGAGAAAUGAAGCAAAUUUACAACCCGAUGUUCUCACAAAGAACAAAUUGGAUUCCGCUAAAUCAAAAAUCUAUUGGAAGGCGAAUGACAUGGUACAAGACUAGCUUUAAGACACCUGCUGGAAUUGACCCAGUAGUCUUGGACAUGCAAGGAAUGGGAAAAGGCCAAGCAUGGGUAAAUGGGCAAAGCAUAGGCCGAUUUUGGCCAUCUUUCAUUGCUGGCAAUGAUAGUUGCAGCGCAACAUGUGACUACAGAGGUGCAUACAACCCUAGCAAAUGUGUGGAAAAUUGUGGAAAUCCUUCUCAAAGAUGGUAUCAUGUUCCAAGAUCAUUUCUUUCAAGCGACACAAACACAUUGAUUUUAUUUGAAGAAAUUGGUGGAAAUCCACAACAAGUGUCAGUUCAAACAAUCACAAUAGGAACUAUAUGUGGAAAUGCUAAUGAAGGAAGCACCUUAGAGUUGUCUUGUCAGGGAGGACAUGUCAUCUCUGAAAUCCAAUUUGCUAGCUACGGAAAUCCAGGGGGAAAAUGUGGUUCGUUUAAGAAAGGUUCAUGGGAUGUGACAAACAUUGCUCUUAUUCUUGAAAAAGCUUGCAUUGGCAUGGAAAGUUGUUCAAUCGAUGUAUCUGCAAAGUCAUUUGGAUUAGGCGAUGCUACAAAUUUAUCUGCAAGAUUGGCAGUUCAAGCACUAUGUGCACAAAAUUGAUUAAUGGUGUAAUAUACAUACAUGAAUAAAUAUUAAAUUUUUUUUUUAACGAACUAUGUAUCUUUAUUUCUUUGUUUUUCACAGUAUAUGAUUUCUUAUUCACAA